UCUAUUGCCACUUGUUAUCACAAUGGUUGGUGACGUCAGCUGUAACUGCGUACUGACCUAGUUAACGUUUGCUAGUGUUUUGGUAGCGAUUGGGAGGACAAAUUUAAUCUUUCAAAAAUUCCUGCCGGCUAAGACUACAUAAUCAUAUGAUUAUAUUGUGUCAGUCUACAUUCUCGCAGUGUCUCAGUAUCCUUCGUUCACUCUUAUAGGUUAGACAGUGUUUUGUUUUUGCCAUUAUAUUUUUGUCAAAAAGUUAUUUCGUAAUUAUUAAAUAUGGAUUUUAACGAUAAAGUAGUGCUUAUAACAGGCGCAAGCUCUGGUCUAGGAGCCGCAACAGCUAUCCAUUUAUCGAAACAAUCAGCGAAAUUAGUACUAGUGGGCCGCAAGGAAAUUAAUUUGAAAAAAAUUGCGUUAUAUUGCGAAAAGGCUAACGGAAUAAAACCACUCGCGAUUACCGCUGACGUUACUGAGGAUGAAGAUUUGGAAAGAAUUAUACGUGAAACUAUAGAAAAUUUUGGCAAAUUGGACGUGUUGGUUAACAACGCCGGUAUAACAGCAAUGGGAGGGAUUAAAAAAUCGGAUAUGGCUAGUUACGACAAAAUAAUGGCCGUAAAUACGAGAGCCGUGUUCCGGCUCACGAUGCUAGCGACCCCUCAUCUCGUUCAGAGUAAGGGAUGUAUCGUGAACGUGUCCAGUAUCACCAGCACGAGACCUAAUACCAUCUCAUUAGCAUACAAUAUGUCGAAAGCAGCUUUGGAUCAAUUUACAAAAUGCGUCGCUUUAGAAUUGGCGCCGGAUGGAGUACGAGUCAACGCCGUUAAUCCUGGCUUCGUAAAAACCAACAUAAUAAAAAAUAUCGGCUUAACAGAAGACCAAAUAGAUCUUUACGCAAAAAAUAUAGCGUCAGGUACACCACUGAAGAAGUUAGUGGAAGCGAAUGAGGUUGCCUCUUUAAUUGCUUAUCUUGCGAGCGAUGCGGCAAAAAGCAUCACAGGUUGUUGUUAUCCCAUAGAUGGGGGUAGACUAUUAGUUUAAGAUGUUUCCAAUAUCAACCAGUAUUUAUCAUUCUAUAUCCACUCGACUAACUCGUGUUAAUGUUAUAGAUAUUAUAUUUUCUAGUCAUAGAGGUAGAUAGAUAUUUACACAAAAGAGUAACGUUUCUGAUCAAUAACCUAUGUAUUUAAAGUGGAAUUUAUUUUUAUAUUUAUUAUUAAACUCGACGUAAUUAUAAUCUUGUCUCAACUCUAUGAAAUAAAAUGUUAAAAAACUAUC